AUGCCCAUCCUAGUUUUCUCAUUAGUAGCAACCGGAGGACAGACUUUGGAACAGUCAGAACAACAGGCCAUUGAGGUCGGACCUUCUUUGGACCAAUCUGACGAUGGAAAAGUGAGCCCAAUAAAAUCAGACGCGGGUCUAGAAUCGACUGGGGCUUUUGUGGAACCUGGAAUGGACGAUCAGGCCGCCAACGAGCCAUCCAAACAUGAAAAGGAAGAAGGUGAGAAUUUUGGCAAUACUUUACAGCUUCUGGCUUUUGUUUCUACCCGAUCGUUUAAAUCAGCUUCAGAUUUAGAUCAUUUUUUUAUGAAUCCUCCAGUAGCUCAAGAUGGUCUCACUGUUUGUAUGGUUGAAAUUUACCGUUUGUCCGAUCUGUGA